AUGAAGAUUUUAUAUGUUUGUUUAUUAAUUAUUACAUUAUUUACUGUGACUAUUCAAUAUAAUUAUCAAACAUAUCCAAAUAAUUAUCGUAGACAAUUAAAUAAUCAAUAUAGCCCUAGUAACCAUUAUUAUUAUUAUAAUAAUUACGAUAAUAAUAAUAAUAAUAAUAAUAAUAAUGAAGGUAAACGUUAUGAUGGUAAUAAUAAUAAUAAUAACCAUUAUUAUUAUGGUCACAAUCGUAGAAAACAUGGUAAUUAUUAUCCAUCUAAAAGAUAUACUAAUAAAAAACCUAAAAAAAUGCAUCUUACAAGAAAAUAUCUUAUUGAAGGUGAAGCUAAACAUAUUCAUCAAAAACAUGGUGAAAAACAUAUAAAAUCAGUUGGUGAAUUAUUUGGUUUUACUGAUACAUAUCAAGGAUCGGAUUAUUCAUUAACAACAACAUUUCAUAAAGGUAGUUUAUCAACAAAAUAUGGUAAACCAAAAUAUUUUUCUACAUAUGAUACAGAAGGACAAGUUAAACAUUAUAAAAAUACACAUGGUCGUGCUAAAUUUAAUCUUAAUUCCAAAUUACAUGGUCAUGAAAAAUAUAAAGAUUUAAAAGAAAUGAAAGCCAAUAUAACAUUUGAAAAUAAUGAUGAUACAACAGAUGAUGAAUCGAAUUAUUCACCAACAAAUCAUCCAUAUGGAAAAUUAGAAGGUUAUUAAUUCAAUAUAAUAUGAUAAUGAAAAGAAAACGAACCAAUUCUAAGUUAGUUGAUUGAAUGUAUAUAUAACUAUUAUACAUGAAUAUAUAUCUAUGUAUCAUGUUAUGAAAUUGUACGUGUCAUUAUUGAGAAUUGAGUAAAUCAUAUCAAAGACGAACAAAUAAACAAACAAACAACUUCUUAUGACUUCUUUUCCCCGCUUUUUCUUCUUUUUUUCUUUUCUUUUUUCUUUUUAAAUUCAUGACCUUCCCUUUAAAUUAUUUAUGAUGUAUAUUUUAAUUUGAUUAAAUAAUAAUGAUCCAUUUAUACAGAAUCAUUUAUUUUCUUGUUAUUUUUGUUCAAAAUUAUUAUUUAUGAAUAAAGAUAGUUAAAAAGGAAUAAUCAAUUUAUCACUGAUUAGUGAUUGAUUUCAUGUUUGUUUAACUCUUUAAUUGUGAAUGAAUUUUAUUCAUUAAGUUGUAAUAUGAUCCUCUAAACUAAGUGAUAUAACAUUGAUUGUAUCAUAUUGAAAUGUUAGAUAGUUGGAUAUAUACCUUAGUAUAUCUAUUAAUUAAGAUGUAUAUGUAAUCUUGGAGGUAUAGUGAAAUUCGAAAUAGUAUCAAUGAACUAUAAUAAGCUAUUUUAUUUGUACGAAUAUUCGUCAAGAUUAGGACGAAUAGUUUGACAGAAAUCGAGCGCCGAAUAUAGAGUAGUCAUUAUAUAUAUGAAAAUUAUAUUUGAA